AUGGAUACUCUGCCCCGAAUCUCUCAGGUGGCAGCAGGCUGCUAUCCAUCUGGGGACACCUGCGAUAUUCGAGAACGUGUCCAAGCAGACUCUGGAAGUGCACACCUGUCCUGGGCUGUCGCUGCCGAGACGUGCUCUGGUUUUGCUAGAGACGUGGUGUUAACCCGCACGCUGUUCUCGUGGUACAGAGCCUUCAUUUUUGUUUUGACAUUUUUGCUGUAUGCCAGUUUCCACUUAUCCCGAAAGCCUAUCAGCAUAGUGAAGGGUGAGCUCCACAGGUACUGUGCCGCACUGAACGAGGGGGACGUCGAAUUGAGCAGCCAGAGCCAGAGGGCCAGUGACACCCCCCGCCACCAGCCACCAGACAACGAGACUGACUGCAGCUGGGCCCCGUUUGACCAGGACAACUACCAGCAGCUGCUCGGGGCCCUGGACUACUCGUUUCUGUGCGCAUACGCCAUCGGCAUGUACCUGAGUGGCAUAAUAGGGGAACGCCUGCCCAUUCGGUAUUACCUGACUUCUGGGAUGCUGGCCAGUGGUGCUUUUACCGCCCUGUUUGGAUUAGGGUAUUUCUACAACAUCCACAGUUUCGGCUUCUACGUGGUAACUCAGAUCAUCAACGGACUGGUGCAGACCACCGGCUGGCCCAGCGUCGUCACCUGCCUCGGCAACUGGUUCGGAAAAGGAAGGCGAGGUUUGAUUAUGGGGGUCUGGAACUCCCACACGUCCGUGGGCAACAUUUUGGGGUCCUUGAUUGCCGGCUACUGGGUGUCCACGUGCUGGGGCCUGUCCUUCAUCGUGCCCGGGGCCAUUGUGGCAGCGAUGGGGAUUGUGUGCUUUCUCUUUCUCAUCGAACAUCCCAAGGACAUCGCCUGCUCUUCCUCCCUGGUGGCGCAUUCGAGGGGCCACGAGAACAGCGCACACAGAUUCAGGCUGCAGAAGCAAGUCUUCGCGGACGACGAGAACAAGCCCCUGGACCCCGAGAUCCAGUGUCUACUGCUGUCAGACGGAAAGCACCCGGUCCAUCAGAGCCACGUCGUCGUCCUCCCGGCCGACGGCGGGGGCAGCAUGGCCGCCAUCAGCUUCACAGGGGCCUUGAGAAUCCCCGGUGUGAUCGAGUUCUCUCUGUGUUUGCUGUUUGCAAAGCUGGUCAGCUACACCUUCCUGUUUUGGCUCCCACUCUACAUCACCAGUGUGGAUCACCUUGAUGCCAGACAAGCCGGGGAGCUCUCCACCCUGUUUGACGUGGGCGGGAUCUUCGGUGGGAUCCUGGCGGGCGUGAUCUCAGAUCGACUGGAGAAGCGGGCCUCCACCUGUGGCCUGAUGCUUCUGCUUGCGGCCCCCACGCUCUACAUGUUCUCCACCAUCAGCAGAAUGGGCCUAGAAGCCACGAUAGCCAUGCUGCUGCUCAGUGGGGCCCUGGUCAGCGGGCCAUACGCCCUGAUCACGACCGCCGUGUCCGCCGACCUGGGCACGCACAAAAGUCUCAAAGGAAACUCCCACGCCCUCGCCACCGUGACCGCCAUCAUUGACGGGACCGGGUCUGUAGGAGCCGCGCUGGGCCCCCUGCUGGCUGGGCUCCUCUCCCCGUCUGGAUGGAACAACGUGUUCUACAUGUUGAUGGUUGCAGACGCCUGUGCCUUACUGUUCCUGAUUCGUCUCAUUCACAAGGAGCUGAGCUGCCCGGGGUCAGCGGCCGGGGACCAGGUUCUGUUCAAGGAACACUGACCGCCGAGUCCCCUGGAGGGAGGCGGGCCCGUCCUUCGCCAACGGUCUGUCAAGGGAAAGUUCAAAUAAAGGAUCCUGUGUUGGAAAGAAUGAUUGACCCUUGCCUUUUGCACACACACCUGGAAAAGACACAAAAGCCGCCUUGAGGAGUCCAGCUGCCGUUUUAGGCGAGCCGUGGGGCUCAGCACCGCGGACAGGAGGCGCGUGGGAAGUGCCCUCACCACGGCGGAGCCGGGGGACACGU